AUGAGUACAGCAGCCCAAACUAUCACUGCAUCAGCAGCAUCAUCAGUAUCAGUAGCAUUAGUACCAAUAACAACAAUCUCUGCAUCACCAGCAGCAGCAACAACAACAACAACGACACCUCCAACAGUCUACCAACGAUUAAUUGGCGACCGUUUUAAACCAACAUUCUCAUUAAGACAUGGAAGAGGUAUCAAGACAACUCUCGACCCCAAAGGAGAAAAGAUCAACGAAGAUGGUACAGUUUUUAUGUCACCAAGAGAUUUUAGUUGUAUCAACAUCAUUAGAAAGAUGCACAAGGAAGCAAAAGAUGGAAAAAAGAAUUAUUAUAAUAAUUCUACACAAUAA